UAGACGGCACAUAUUAUUAUAUAUACGAACUCGUCAUCUACUUCUUUGUCUCUCUAUAACUAGUUUCUCUCGCCCUCAGUCAGCUUUGUUGCAUAAAUAUAGCUAAGACAAUUACAAGAAACUAAACCCAUAAAGAAGAAGGCAUGUGCUGCUGUGGUGGUGACGAUGAUUGUAAAUGCAGGCCUUUGGGUUUCCUCUUGGGCCUGCCCUUUGCCUUCCUCGCUCUCCUCCUCUCUCUCGUCGGAGUCAUUGUUUGGAUCGUCGGGUUGGUGUUGACUUGUAUAUGUCCGUGCUGCUUGUGCGUGACUGUAAUAGUGGAGUUUGCGCUGUGGCUGAUCAAGGCUCCCUUUCUGGUGAUGAAGUGGUUCACCGAUCAGAUUCCUUGUUAGUUCCGGAUUCAAAGGUCAUCACUUGAUAAUUAAAUUCAUUGUUGUUUUUUCUACAACCACUUCUUGUG